UAAUAUAUAAAUAAAUCAUAUUCUUCCUUUGGUAUAGUUAGUUAGUUUUAAAAGAGAAGUAAGAUAUUCUUCUAGUUGCUUGAUUUUUAUUAGAUUUAGACUUAUAGACUUUUUGGAGAAAUUAUAAAAGUGACGGAAUUAAAUAUGGAAGAAGUUGAUAGUGUAUUGGUGGAUAAUGUUAAAUCAUUUGCUGCUGGUGGUUUUGGUGGUAUUUGUGCUGUUUUAACUGGUCACCCUUUUGAUUUAGUUAAAGUUAGAUUACAAACUGGUUUAUAUAAAUCAUCAAUUGAAUGUGUUAAACAAACCAUUGUUAAAGAUGGAGCUUUGGGACUUUAUCGAGGUGUUUUACCUCCAUUAUUAGGAGUUACCCCAAUGUUUGCUGUAUCUUUCUGGGGUUAUGAUGUAGGUAAGAAAUUGGUUGCUUAUUCAUCUGGUAAAUCCAUUGAUCAAUUUACUAUCCGUGAUAUUUCUACAGCAGGUUUCAUUAGUGCUAUUCCAACAACUUUAGUUGCAGCACCUUUUGAAAGAAUCAAAGUCAUGAUGCAAAUUCAAGAAGGCAAAUCUUCUAACAAUACCAUGGGAGCUGUUGUUAAAGAAAUGUAUAGAACUGGUGGUAUUAGAUCAAUUUUCAAAGGGUCAGUAGCUACUUUAGCAAGAGAUGGUCCUGGUUCCGCCUUAUAUUUUGCAACUUAUGAAUAUGUUAAAGAAAAAUUAUCUAAACCAGGAAGUAAUGAAUUAUCAUUGGUUGCUAUUAUGACAGCUGGUGGUUCUGCUGGUGUAGCCAUGUGGUUAGGUGUUUUCCCAAUUGAUACUAUUAAAUCAACUCAACAAUCAUCAAAUACUCCAAUUUCAAUCUCUCAAGUCACAAAGAAUAUUUACGCCAAAGGUGGUAUUAAAGCUUUCUUCCCUGGUGUUGGACCUGCUUUGGCCAGAUCUUUCCCUGCUAAUGCUGCUACUUUCUUAGGAGUUGAGCUUGCUAAGAAUUUCUUCGAUAACGUUGUAUAAGCUUCAUUCUUCUUUAGCAUUCUGCAUUUCUCGACUAAAAAAGUUGUUCACAAGAAUACUUUCAAUUCUUACAUCACUCACUUGUAUAACCCUAUUGUUUACUAUUUAUUAUAUAUAACUAUUUAUUCUUUAUAUUUAUUUAUAUUUAUUUAUAUUUAUUUUUAUAUAUAUUAUUUCUAUU